GAUGACAUCCACUGUGCCGCCAAGACGGCUACGGCACCUGCUGAGUCAGCACGCCAGCACAUUGCCGAGAUCGAGCGGCGCAUGCGCGAGCACCGACGAAAACCUCUGACGGACAAGGAGCUGUGGCAACUGGAGGAUGAACUUCACGAGCUAAAGGAAGUUCUCCUGAACGAUGUCAUGCUCAAAGAUCCGGAAGAUGAUGACACCUUUGCCAUCUCUGGACUUGGGGAAGUCAUUGAUGAGCAGCUGGCUGAGAUCCUCAUGGAGGAGUUUGGCGCUGAUCUGAAGAAUUUCCGUCAGGCACAGCGUGACUUCAACCUGAAACUCAGCCUUCUGGUCGAAGAGCGGCCGGGAGAGGAUCCGGAGUUGGAUCUUCUCGGCUUUCUUGCCUACAAGACCUGGGGCCCGCCCCAGCCGGGGGUGAGUGUAGGUGCUGUGGGUGUGGCAGAUAAACAUCGGGGCAAGGGCUACGGCCGCAAGCUUAUGAAAGUGGCUGAAGACCGCGCAGCCCUGCUGGGCAUCAGUACUUCAGAGGGCUUCCGGCCUGGCGAAGUUCGCCUCCGCUCCCUCGCCUCCGCGGUGAGAUUCUACGAGCGGAUUGGUUACGAGCGGGUGGAGGAGGACGAGGAGGAAGCCACACACACCCCCGCGUGCCCCGACCCGGAGCGUCACGCUGGGGAAGUGGACGAGGACGAUGAGGAUGGCCCUUGUGUGCCAAUGGCACGGAAGUGUGUCCCUCCGAGUCCUGUUACCCUGAUGAAGAUGGGCCGGGGUGGGGGCGGCGGAUGGUGUGGAUCUUUGAUGGACAUACGCCGUCAUGACUUGCCAGCCCGAACGGUGGCUGGGGCAGAGCAAACCUUGAAGACCGGAAUCCAUUUGUUGGGAAGGCACUGUCCGAGGAUCUGUUUCCUGGGCAAAACGGGAAGUGGGAAGACGUCGCUCAUGAAUGCAGUGCUUGGCAGACCACUGCUGCCUGCGGAGGACACCGGCAAAGCCGUCACGAGCGCUGUGACCGAGCUCUUCCACGAUCCCAGCAUCCAGGAUGGAGGGGUUGUGAUCACGGUGAGUGAGUGCAGCCUGGACGAGUGGAAGGACAAGAAGCGUAUGUUGGUCAGCGUCAUGCAAGGCGACUUCUCCGAGGAUGCUGGCGUUGCCGUGGAAGAAAUGCAGGAAGUCGCAGAGAUCGUUCUGCAAGUCGCCUGCCCGGACACGGAGCCAUCAGCUGUCCGGCUGGACACCCUGGAGUCGGAUGAGUUUGUGAGGAGACUGACAGGCAGCUCUCAGCCGACCCACCAGCACUUUCAGAGUGCCGAGGACGCGCGCAAAUUCCUUGCGGACCGUGUCCAUCUGGCAAACUCGCAGGACAGAGUGCAGUCAGUGCUCACCUCCAGAGUGCUCGUCCGGGGCAACUUCCCUAACAUUCCGAAAGAUGCAAUCAUGGUGGAUUUACCUGGGCUCGAAGACUCAAACUUAUUGCGCUCAUCAGUUGCAGAAAGAUAUUUCGACCUAUACUGCAACCAUGCCUGGUUCUGCCUGGCCAAGGCCGAGAACCGCAUCAGUAGCAAUGCAGGGGUGCAAAGGCAAGUCAGGGCUUUGACGCGUGGCGGGAAUGUCGACAACGUUCUCUUGGUGCGCACGCGGGCCGAUGAGGCCCCUAAAAAGGGAGCAGCAGCUCUUGAUCGCGAGCACGAAGACUUCAAAGGCCUGUUCACGAAAGAGAGGAAGAAGCAGUCGCUACCUCCCUCGGCAGCGUCAGGGGAGGAGCCGCCCCGUUCCCGCAGGCGGACAGGUGUCUCUUCGGAGGCUGCGCCGGCCUCCCCUGAAGAGGCAAUGCCUUUUCUGGGAUACAUCCAGGCGACCGCGGACCCAGGCGCAGACGACAGGCCGGCAGAGAUCCGCAUCGACGAAGUUCUCCGAAAGUUGGGGGACAUCGGACGGCAGCAACUGGAGAAGCUUCGUAGCCUGGUCUGCGGUCUCUAUGAG